AUGGAUAGGUCCGGCUUUGGCCUGCCCCCCGGGGGGGCGGAGUCCUCCCCGCUGCCGCCCCCCUCGCCCGAGGGCGACCCGGCGGCGUUGAUUGUCACGGCGGCCGCCGACAGCGAGCACCCUGUGCCGGUGUGGCCGCCGCUGCUGCUCCUGCCGCCGGCCGAGGGGGAGCCCUUCCACGCGGUGGCCGAGGAGCCCGGGGUGUUCGGGCUCGGCAUCUCCGACCGGGCGUCGGUGUCGCCUGCCGGGCCCGGGCCCGGUGCUCUCCUGGGGCAUUCGCUGUCCUUCGCGCGGGAGCCCCCGCUCCUGGACCCCCCCCCGCACCCGGACCUCUUCCUGACCGAGCACUCGGUGGCCGACCAGUACCUGAUGGACACCUUUUGCAUGGUGCCGAGCCCGGCCAACCCGGACUCCGAGGCGGACUUCCCGGACUCCGGCGCGAGCGUCGACCUGGCCGAGCCCAGCAGCGGCUAUGCCGGCUCGGAGGCCGGCACCCCGGCCGAUGGCCACCCCAGCAGCCAGCAUGGCGACCACGAGGAGGCCGACUACGAGGACAGCCACUCCGAGGGGCCGGAGGAGGACUCCGGCCCGGAGAGCGCCCCCGAUGAUGGGUCGCCCGCGGACGAGCAGCUUGACGAGGCCCACGAGGCGGACUCCCUCGCCUCGGAGUAUGACGAGGGGUCCGCCUCCGGGGGGUACUCCUCGCCGGGGGUGGAUUCCGACGCGAUGGAUCUGUCUGAUGGGGGUCUGGACGCGGCCCAGGACUCCGACGAGGCCACCGAGGAUGAUGGCCCGGAGGAGUACGACGAGGAGGACAUGGAGCAUGACGACGGCGUGGAGUAUGCCUCCGGCUCUGGCUCCGAGUCCGACGGCGUGGCGAUGGCGCACGAUGGCACUUCCUCGCCGAUGGCGGUCUCCGACGGUGAGGACGCGGGGAUCCCCUCGCGCCACGUCGACCCGGCCAUUCGCAGUCGCAUGGCCGAUGCUCUUGUGCUGAAUAUGGCCCUGGCCCGGACGCUGCGCGACCGGCUGCAGACGGUGCGCGCGUCGGCCGGGUGCCUGCGCCGGCGGUCGGCGCGACUGCGCCAGCGCGUGACCUACGCCCGGCAGGCCCUGCAAACGAUAGACCUCAUCGUGCGCGAGGCCCAGCAGCAGAUGUCGGCCUUCAAGGCACAGGCGCCUGGCACAGGGGCUGGCGCCGGCUCCGAUGGGCUGGUUUCUCCUGGGGGUCCGUCAGGCGCGGCGGUGCUGGUUCCGGUGCCACCCGGCCAGCCGGGCUUCGCCUUCCCCGUCGAGGCGCUUAGCUCCCUGGACCAGCUGGGCGUGGUCCUGGGCCCGGCCUGGCCGCCGGAGUUGGUGCCAAUGGCCGAUCCUUCCCCGGGCGGCCCCUUGUCCACGGCCUCCCUCGCUCUGAGCCACUACUUCUUCGACGCAGUCACCGGCGAGGCCCUGGGCAACCGGUCGACAAAGCGCGUGUCCUCUCUGCCGCCGCUCCGAAUCUUUCGUCUCCUUUCACACCGGCUUCUGUCCAACGUCAACCGGGAGAUCCGCUACCUUUACCACCGGGAUUGCCUGAACCGGGCCAACAUCCUGCAGCAGCAGCGGGCGCCACGCGAGGAGCUGGCCGCCGUGCGGGCCGAGCUCAUUCGAGCUCCGCUAGCCUCGAUCACCCGGUGCCUGGAAGCCCUCGGGGGCAUCACCGCCGUGGCCAGGCAGCUGCCGUGGUCCAAAAUUUCACAUCAGAUGCGCAUCUUUGUGCUGUCCUCCUUCGCGCGCAAGGCGCCCGAGGGCCUGACCCUGGACCCGGACUCCCUGCGCCGGGCCUGGCUCUUCGGCCUGGCGCCCGGGCUGCGCCAUGACCGGGCCCAGCAGUCCCGCGCCCUGCACAUGGUCCUCCUAUCGGCCGGGCUCGGGGCCCGGGAUGAGCACAUCUCUUCGACCGCGUCGCCCGGGCCCGCGACCAGCAGCCCGGCCGAUGGGGUCUCCACCGGGUCGGGCCCCGGGUCGCCGGAGAUCGCCAACAUUUCGGUCGACAACUCGGAGCCCUUCCUGCCGGGGGUGGACUGCUCGACCGUGGAGGAAUGGCUCCCGCGCGAGACCUACCGCCUGGUGCAGAUCGCCCGGCGGCUGGGCGGUCGGGGCUGGGUCCGGAUUGCGGCCGAGCUGGGCACUGGCCGGCCGCCGUUGGUGUGCCUGCGGCACUUUUCGCAAGUGGACCCGGAGGGCUUUAAGAAGGCGUCCCGUGCGCGAGGCACCUUGCUGGUCCCGAUGGCCGACAAGCUGGCCGAGCAGCGCGAAAUCCGGCAGCUUGUCCGGCGAUUCUACCAAAGCCCCCUGUACCUGAAGGCCGGGCUCCUGCAAUCGCGCCGCCGGCGCCUGGAGCUGGAGGCCCCGCCGGGGCCGGCCGAGCCGGCCGCCCCCCCGGCCAGCCAGCCGGCCAGUUCGGCCGCCGUCUCGCCACUGGCCCAUGCUACGGCCACUUCGCCGCCGAUGCCCGGCAGCCCGAGUGGUGCCGUGGUCCCGGGGGCCUGGUCCCCGGGGUCGGUGACGGCCGUCCUGCCGGCUCCGCCGCUGCCGGUGCUGCCGCAGUACGCGGGCUUCCCGCUGGGCGGGCUGUUUGACGGCUCGGAGGCGGGCGCCAUGGAUGGCGGCUCGAGGUCGCGGCCGGCCGAGAAGCUGUCGCUUGUGGUCCGGCACUUUGCCGACCGGCCGGGGUCGCGCCUGCACCGGGAGCGCCAGCGGCUCCAGCGCCGGGCCUGGCCCGAGGACUGGCUGGCCCUGCUGCGCGAGGCCCUGUCCCAGGAGCGGAUGACUUUCUUCUCGGAUGCGCUGCCCGGCACCAUGUGCCAGUGGGACAGUGUGGCCAGCCGGGUGGCCGGGGGGUUGGCCGCGCGCGGGCUCCCGACGGCCGAGGUGACCGGGUCCGAGUGCCGGCGACAGGCGUUCCUGGCCGCGCGGCUGGCCCUGCUGACGGAUCGAGCGGCGCCGGUGAGCGCGCGCGGCAGGGCGGCCGGCGGCCCGGGCGCGCGCAAGGCCUCGCGCGAGGCUGCCUGGGGCCCGGCCGAGGACUUCCGGCUGUAUUGCCUCCUGCGCGCCGAGGCCGGGCGGAGCUUCCUCCGGUUCCAGGCCCAGGCCGGGGCGAUGGACUCUGCGACCGCGGCGCAGCAGGCGCGUCUCCUGUGGCGGGUGUUCGGCCAGCACAUAGAUGCCCCGGCGGCCGACGGGUCUGCCGGGGCGGCGGCCGGUGCUCCGAAUGAGCCGGGGGCCGCGGACGCCGGGCCGGCCGGGGGCCCCCCCGGUGCCGGUCCCAGCACCGGGCCCGGGGCCAGUGCCGAGUCGCCCUUCUGGCGGCUGCUGACGGGGGCCUUCCCCCAGUGGUCGGUGAAGUUCCUGCGCAAGCGCGUCCAGUGCAUCUUCGAGUGGGAGCUGGACCUGUUUUCCAUCUACCUGACGCCCGGGUCGACCGAGGAGUCGGGGGACGGGUCGCCGGAGGGGAGCGCCUCGCCGGUGCCCGCGUCGCCGACCAACACGGCGCCCGGCAGCCCGGGCGGCCCCAGCGAUCGGGGCGGUUCCAGUCGCCCGGGGUCCGCGAGCGCCACGGCCGGCGGUCCGGGCGGCCUGCGCCUGCGUGUCGGCUUCUCCGAUGAGUCACCGCUGGUGCGGCUGCGGUCGCUGGGCCCCGGGCUGCUGACCAUGAGAGCCGCCCCGCCGGCCGCGAGCCCGGCGCCGGGGCCUCCCCCGGUGGACGGCCUGACCCGGACCUUCGGCCCGUCGCUCCUGUCCUUCUUUGAUGCGCGGCGGGUGUACACGAUGCAGCUACGCGAUGCGCUGCUCUGCUCGGCGACCCUGGGGAACCUGGAGCUCCGAGUCGACAACAUCGCCUGGUGGACUGGGUCUCUGCCGGAGUUCGGCGCCCUUGCCCGUCGGAUAUCCUCCUCCUCUUCCUCCUCCUCCUCUUCCUCUUCCUCCUCCUCUUCGUCCUCUUCCUCCUCCUCUUCCUCCUCCUCCUCCUCCUCUUCGUCCUCUUCGUCCUCCUCUUCUUCGUCCUCCUCUUCUUCGUCCUCCUCCUCAACCAGCGGCAGCCGUGAGAAGGCACCCCCUCCGAGCAUUCCCUGCCCCGAGGCCUGGGUGCAGGCGGCCAUGCCGGCCGAGCUUCGACCGGAGGGCGCGCCCGGCCGCCCGGAGGGCGACGCCCCGCCCUCCGAGCAUCCGCCACUCCUGCUGGAUCCCACGCGGCGGGUCCUCGGACGAGCGAUGGCCGACAAUUUCAUGUGCCUGGACCCGGAGCGCACGGCCGCCAACGACUUCUGCUCUUGGCAUCCGGAGCUUUCGCCGAUGUCCGGGGCCCAGUGUCCUGGGGGCGCGGGCUGCCGCCCGGCGGAGGAUCCCUCGGGAGAGGGCCCCCCUUCGGCCGAUCCCUGUGGGCCCUUCACCGAGGGUGGUUUCUACUGUGCUCCCCUGCCGCCGAGCAUCAUCACCACCCAGUGGCUGGGGGACCUGUGCGCGGACAUGGCGGAGUUUGGCCCGGCCGAGCUGGUGCCCCGGCCGAGCCCGGGCGGCGAUCCCCGGACCCCGGGCGAGCGCCUGCUGGAUGGGCUGUUCGACCCGCGCCACCAUCCGGCCAUGGCGGCGCCCCCCUACUCCAGCAACCCGGUGGUGCUCGAGACGGCGGCCAUCGGCAUGCGGGCCGAUGCGACGCAUCUGUUGCUGGAAGACCUGCCGGCCCUCAACUCGCUGGCCUUGUUGCCGGCCGACCGGACCGCGGCCCGGGUGCGCGCGCUCGCGGUCUGGGCAUUGGGCCUGGCUGGCAGUCCGGAUUUCCUGGCGGACCCGGGCGUGCCCUAGGGGAACCCUCCGGGAGGAGGGGAGGCGGCAUGUGUCCCGUGUCCUGCGUGGCGUGCACUUCCCCCUGGCCGGUGUCCCGUGCCUCUCCUUGCCCAGCUGGCCACAGCAAAAUACAUGGUGUCCUUGUGAAUGGUCGGG